AUGUCCAAAUAUGACACUACGAUAAAGCAGCAGACCAUCAUAGAUGAGGAAUCACUCACCUCCCACAGAAGAACUCCCUUUGCUGACAACAAAGGAGGCAAAGUCGACACAGAUCUCGAUAGCGACGACUUCUUCAUACCCACCACUUCUAGAGGAACCACCUCCGUAAGCUCUCAGGAUAACGACUCAAAGACUUUCCUCGUCGCAUCUCAUACUACAAAGAGAAAUCUCGUCAAUAGACAUGUUCAAUUGAUUGCCAUCUCAGGGGUCAUUGGAACUGCCAUCUUCGUCGCUAUAGGGAAACCUCUAUAUAGAGGUGGGCCCGCUUUCUUAUUACUGGCAUUCGCCAUUUGGUGCAUCCCAAUACUUUGCAUCACCGUCUCCACCGCUGAGAUGGUUUGCUUUAUGCCCGUUUCUUCACCAUUCUUAAGAUUAGCCACCAAAUGCGUCGAUGACUCAUUGGCAGUAAUGGCUAGUUGGAACUUUUGGUUCCUUGAGUGCGUCCAAAUACCAUAUGAAAUUGUCACUGUGAAUACUAUCAUCCAUUAUUGGAGAGAUGACUACUCUGCAGCAAUCCCAUUGGUCAUUCAAUCACUUUUAUAUCUCCUGAUAUCCUUAGCAGCAGUAAAAUGGUACGGAGAGAUGGAAUUUUGGUUGGCUUCAUUCAAGAUCGUCUUAGCAAUGGGUCUGUUCUGCUUCACAUUCAUUACCAUGUUGGGUGGCAAUCCAAAGAAGGAUAGAUUUGGGUUCCGUUACUUUCAUGAUACCCCUUUCAAAAAAUACUUCCCAGAUGGAAUCGAUAGAGGCUCUUCAGCAGGUUAUUUCCAAGGUUUCUUCAUUUGCCUGAUUCAGGCAUCAUUCACUAUCGCUGGUGGUGAGUAUAUCUCCAUGCUGGCAGGUGAAAUUGAAAUACCGAGAAGAGUCCUACCAAGAGCUUUCAAACAAGUAUUUAUGAGAUUGACCAUCCUUUUCCUGGGAAGUUGUCUUUGUGUAGGCAUUCUAUGUUCUCCCAAUGAUAGUUCAUUGACCGCCGCAAUCAAUGAGGCAAGGCCAGGUGCUGGUUCAUCUCCAUACGUCAUCGCAAUGAAUAACUUGGGUAUUAGAAUAUUACCUGACAUUGUAAAUAUCACACUUAUCACAGCAGCUUUCUCUUCAGGGAAUGCUUACACUUAUUGUUCUUCAAGAACUCUAUAUGGGAUGGCUUUGGAUGGCUAUGCUCCAAAGAUAUUCACAAGAUGUAAUAAGCAAGGUGUCCCCAUAUAUGCAGUCGGAGUAUCCUUACUUUGGGCAUUCAUCAGUCUUUUACAAUUGAACUCCAAUAGUGCCAUCGUCUUAAAUUGGCUUAUUAACAUCAUUACCGCGUCACAAUUGAUUAAUUUCGCCAUCCUUUGCAUAACCUAUUUAUUCUUUAGAAGAGCUUACCUGUUACAAAAGGAUAAGUUGCCCGAAUUACCAUUCAAAUCGUGGUGGCAACCAUACACGGCCAUAUUUGGUCUAGUAUGUGCAAUGGUAAUGAUGAUCGUACAAGGCUAUACUGUUUUCUUCCCUAAGAAUUGGAACGUACAAGAUUUCUUGUUCUGUUAUUUGAUGAUCUUCAUUAACAUUGGGAUAUAUAUAUUUUAUAAAUUCAUUUGGAGAUUGGGUAAGGAUAAGAUAAAGGAUCCAGCAACGAUUAGUUUCGAAGAUGAAUUGAGAGAAAUUGAAAACCAUGAAUUGGAACACAAUUUUGAUAAAUUUAGAUUCUACACAGAGUAA